AAGAAAAUUACAUUAGGCCAUUACUGCCGGAAAAGGUCCUGCAGAGCUGAGCAGCCAAGAUGUGUGACUUCACCGAGGACCAGACCGCAGAGUUCAAGGAGGCUUUCCAGCUGUUUGACCGAACAGGUGAUGGCAAGAUCCUGUACAGCCAAUGUGGGGACGUGAUGAGGGCCCUGGGCCAGAACCCUACCAACGCCGAGGUGCUCAAGGUCCUGGGGAACCCUAAGAGCGAUGAGAUGAAUGUGAAGGUGCUGGACUUCGAGCACUUCCUGCCCAUGUUGCAGACUGUGGCCAAGAACAAGGACCAGGGAACUUAUGAGGACUAUGUCGAAGGCCUUCGUGUGUUCGACAAGGAAGGGAAUGGUACCGUCAUGGGUGCUGAAAUCCGGCAUGUCCUCGUCACACUGGGAGAGAAGAUGACAGAGGAGGAAGUGGAGAUGCUGGUGGCGGGUCAUGAGGACAGCAACGGUUGUAUCAACUAUGAAGAGCUUGUCCGGAUGGUGCUGAACAGCUGAGGACAUUUCCAGACCCCGAGCCUGUGCCUUGCCCAGUGUGGGAUCUCCCUGUGGCCCCUCCUAGGCUCCCUUGUCACAGCACCUUGCCAUCUGGUCUCUUCUGGAUGUCUGUCUUCACCAAAUAAAAUUCUCUCUUUGCCCUAAAAAAAA